AUGAGAGACAGCAUUCCUGCUGCUGAGAGAUUAGCAGUGACGCUUCGAUAUUUAGCGUCAGCUUUCAUAUUUAAGGUUCCAUCAACUGAAGAAGAGUGGAUUGCCAUUGCAAAGGAAUUCGAGGAAAAGUGGAAUUUUCCAAAUUGCUUAGGCUCCCUAGAUGGAAAGCAUGUUCUGGUGCUAUUGAAUCAAUUGAAUGAUAGCGAAACCCCAUUUGUGAUGGUCGCAGAUGAGGCUUUCCCACUUAAAUCGUACUUGAUGAAGCCUUACCCAAAAGCGAAAUUUAACGCGAACAAAGAGGAUAUUCAAUUACCGUUUAAGUAG